AUGUUUUCAAGCAGCCAAUUCGAAUCGACGUCCGCCGUUAAUGGUGGAGGUGGCGGCUUCAACUAUUCACAGUUAACUCAAUCGGCUGAUCCACUCCCCACCUCUGCCAAGAGUCGAGAUGCACAGCCUAUGGUUCCAGUAACGGUGAAACAAAUAAUUGGAGCAAGUCAAUCUACAGAUGACAAAUCCAAUUUUCUGGUUGAUGGUGCCAUUGCCUCCAACGUGAAAUUAGUGGGAAUGGCAUUUGACAAAGCUGAAAGGGUAACAGAUGUCUCUUUUGUGAUUGAUGAUGGCACAGGACGCAUUGGAUGCAACAGAUGGGUGAAUGAAGCUGUGGACAGAAAGGAAGUGGAAGGAUUAUCGGAUGGUACGUAUGUACGGAUUCAUGGACACUUGAAAAGCUUUCAGGGCAAUAAGCAAGUAGUGGUCUUUGCUAUCAGGCCUGUGACUGACUAUAAUGAAAUUGCAAACCACUUUCUGGAGUGUAUAUAUGCUCACAGCUGCAAUGCCAGAUUACAGAAUGGCGUUGUGACCCCUGCUUCAUCUUCCUCAACUCUGAACACUCCAUCAAAUGGAAACCAAAAGGCCACAUCUAAUCAAUUCUCACAGGAAUACAACUUGGAUGGUCUCAACAACAUCGAUAAAUUGGUGAUAGAAUAUCUGGAACGACCUUCAAGCACUGUACAGGAAAAGGGCGUGCACCGGGAUGAAAUUGCAACACAACUUAAAGUUCCUAUGGCAAAGAUCUUGGAAGCUAUUGAGAGCCUAGAAUCAGAAGGGUUGAUCUAUUCGACAAUUGAUGAAUAUCACUACAAGUCCACUUCUAGUGGUUGA